CUUGGACCGAAUUAAUUCUUCUGCAGCGAAUCUGUUUACCUUGUCCUCCAUCGUCGUCCUUGAAAGUUUGAAACUCUUAGUGGAACGAUCUUUUCUUUGGAGGUACCUUUGAUUUGCUCAGUUUUGUACUCUUCUUUUCUAUUAUUGGUUUAUUUUGUUGCUUUCAAUCUGUAGCUUUUCUGGUCGGAUUUCGUCGUCUGAACAAUCGACGAAUUCAAUUUAGGUUUAGGUUUUCCAUCAAUUGGGGUUUGUUAGAAUUCGAUUGAGAGUUGCGAUUUUCAAGAUCUCGUUGAUAUUUAGCGUAUUUGGUUGAGGGUUAAUAGGGAUUUUGAUUCUUAAAACUUGAUUCAUUCGAGGGCGUGGAGUAACCCUCCAAUUCAAGUCUAGGAUAACCAUUUUUUAUGGCAUUUGAAUGCCAAGAGUGCACUGAGGUCUCUAAGAAUUUGGAUAACUGUGAAAAAGAUUCUUGUCUCGAACAAAUUGAAGCACAGCAUAUUAACAUCUCAACGUUAGAUUGUCAUCAUAAGAACUGCAUUAAAAGUUCUUAUACUGCAAAACAGUCUCCUUGCAACAAUGUUUUGUCUGGUUGUCGUCUGUCAAUUACUGACCUUCCUCCAGCUUUAAUUUCCGAAAUCCUCAAUUGCCUUGACCCCAAAGAACUUGGCGUCGUUUCCUGUGUAUCACCUAUCCUCUAUAGGCUUGCAUCAGAGCACCGGGUUUGGAAGGAGUUCUAUUCUGAGAGAUGGGGACUUCCCAUAGUUCCCACAUCUAUGGUUUCAGAUGAGAAAUCAUGGAAAGAACUGUUUGUUCAAAGGGAGUUUAGAAGUAAAACAUUUCUGGGACGUCAUAGCAUCGAAGCUUUGUUUGGUCACACUGAAGCAGUGCGCACAGUUUUCCUUCUUGCUUCUGCAAAGCUGAUAUUUACAUCAGGCUAUGACUCGGUGGUCCGGAUGUGGGACAUGGAAGAAGGGUUGUCAAUUGCAUCAUCACGACCCCUUGGUUGCACUAUCAGAGCUGUUGCCGCAGAUACUAAACUCUUGAUUGCUGGGGGUACUGAAGGGUUCAUUCACUGUUGGAGGGCCGUGGAGGGUCUCCCAUGCUUAUUUGACCUUAGGGGUGCCGAGGCACAGAACACUGAGUCCCGGCUUUGGGAACAUGAAGGACCUGUAACUUCUCUGGCAUUGGAUCUUACAAGCAUUUAUAGUGGUUCAUGGGACAUGGCUGUUCGGGUGUGGGAUCGUGCUUCUCUUAAGUGCUUAAAGGUCUUGAGGCAUGGGGACUGGGUUUGGAGCCUCGCACCUCAUGAUACUACUGUUGCUAGUGCAUCAGGUUCUGAUGUAUAUGUGUGGGAAACAAAGAAAGGAAUUCCUUUGGGAGUCAUUCAUAAUGCUCAUGAUGGGAAUAUUUAUUCUUUGGCUCGAAGCCACACAGGAGACUUUAUAUUCACAGGAGGAGAAGAUGGGGCUAUACACAUGUUCGAGAUGACAAGUCAUUGUGUUAAAGCUGAUAUCGUGCGGGUUGCAACAUGGAUUCCUCACUCAGGGCCUGUUUACUCCCUUGCAUUUGAGUUUCCAUGGCUUGUUUCGGCUUCAAGUGACGGGACGAUGUCACUGAUAGAUGUGAGGACACUUCUGAGGACCAGAAGACGCUCUCUGGGAAAGAAUGCUAUGAAGUUCAAGCAUGCAAAUCCAAACAGUCUCGAACCACCCCAGAGAAUGUUACAUGGGUUUGGGGCCAAUUUAUUUUCUGUGGAUAUUGGGGCUGAUCGUAUCAUUUGUGGAGGUGAGGAAGGUGUUGUUAGGAUCUGGAACUUCUCUCAAGCUUUGGAAAUUGAGCAGAGGGCUCGCACACAGAGAGGAAGGCGGUUAGAGAACAGGAUGAGGCGUAAACUCCAAAUAGAUAUGAACCGGAAGGGUGCUCAGACUGAUCAAUGCUCUGUUUCUGCCAAGAACAACUCAAUGCAUGGUGAUAGGAGUGCCUGGCACAAUAAACGUGGGAUGAGCAGGAAGCUGAAGGCAUAGCAGCUACUGGCAAUCACUCUUUAUUCCCAGGGACCACCUGCACUGCCCUUUGGUAAUCAUUCUACAGAUAUGGUUUAAACUUGCGGGAUCACUGAUCUUUUAGGUGUUAUUUCGAAAUGAAGCUUAGUGUUGGUUUUUUAGUGAUUUAGAGAUACUCUUGCUCUGAUGAUAUUCUCAUCAACAACAGUCCGCUAGUAUAUUUUCAUUUCUGAGACAUCAGAGAUUUUACUUUGUUUUGUUUUUCUCUUAUGCUUUGGCCUUAGUGCUGACAAAAUACCAAAAUAAGAUGCACAUGAUACAGA